AUGUCGGCUACAGGGACAAAACGGUGCAAUGCUAACACUAGACCAGUAACUACUUCUGGUAAGCAAUCCUCAGCCAAGGGACCGUAUGGUAAGAAUCCGGGAUGCUCAACGAGCUGUGGCUUGAGGCUACCAAGGAAAACAGAAGUCACAACAGCAAGAAUGAUCAAGCAUCUCAGCUAUAAAUUCGUCAAAGGGUUACGUUUGGUGGUGAUGAGGAGGAAUAAGAAGAAGAGACCUCCAACAUUGAAGGCUUCUUCCACAGGAAGAUCUCAGCCUUCUGUCAUCUCUAUGGCUAAUGAUACCUGUAGAUCAGAGGCUAUAGAAGACUGCAUACAGUUCAUAAACUCCUCGACCUCCUUCACAGGAUCACGUUCAACCAAUGUCUGUACAUCUUAA